AUGACUGUUGAGCACCCCGAAGAUGUGUUGAAUACGGUCAACCUCGUUACGCAAUGUCUAUGUAUUCCGAUUUGUACGAUUUUUGUCGCCCUGCGAUUCGGCAUUCGCGGGUACUAUAAGCAGUUUAUUGGUGUGGAAGAUUGCGCUGUUCAUGGGCUACUGCGGCAUCGCGAUAGUCGAUUCUCAGUCGGAAAAUAUGGCGGAGGAUACCACCUCAAGGACGUCUCUGAAGCGCAUCAGGUCCUCUUCCGGAAAUUCUGCUACAUCGCCACCGUGCUGUACUGCCCCAUGGCCCUCCUGACCAAGGUCGCCCUGCUCUCCAUCCUCAUCCGCAUCUUCUCGCCCUACAAGUCUAAGAUCAUCUUCAUCUACGUCUUCCUCGGCUGCCUCACCGUCUACUACACCAUCGCCGAAAUCGUCAAGAUCCGCAUGUGCGAUCCGGUCCCGGCAUACUGGACCAUGGAGAAGGGGGCGUCAUGUCUCGACCAGCGCGCCGCGCUGAUCGCCGACUCGGUCAUCAGCGUCGUCAGCGACCUGAUCAUUCUGAUCCUGCCGCUGCCACUGACGUGGUCGCUGCAGAUGUCGCGCAACAAGAAGCUGCGCGUCGCGGGCAUGCUGUCCGCUGGCGGCAUUGCCACCGGGUUCAGCGUGUACCGGCUGGUGCUGGUGCUCCGCGACGGGUCCUCGCCCGACCAGACCAUGGUCUUUACCUGCGUCAUUCUGUCUGGAAACGCCGAAGGCGGCAUCGGACUGAUCUGCGCCUGCCUGCCCACCCUCAACAUCGUCAUCCGCAAGGUCCGCGACAAGGCCUACAGCUCCAACAAGUACUACCAGCAGGACUCGUCGGUGCACCUGAGCAAGAUGAAGGGCGCCAGCGCCAAAGGGUUCUCGGCGUCGGGCAGCCGGACGGACCGCGAGGCCGACUUUGCCAACGACCAGAGCCAUCUCAUCACGUACGCCGGCGCUGUGGACAUGUCCUCGACUAGCGACGGCAUCGGGAUUCAUAAGACAGUGGAUGUGUCGCAGACCGUGGAGAUGUUAGACGAACAUAGACAACGGUUUUAA